CUGCUGUGUUAACGAGCAACAAGACCAUCUCCCAUAAGGAGGCAAAAUUUAAAUUAAAAUCGAAGCGAAAAGCAUUGCAAAAAUGUUGAAGCUUUUGUUCAGUAUCGCAAUCUUUGUCAGGAUUGCUGUCGAGGAAAGCAAUGCUUCAGGCACAUGUAGAAAUGCAAAUUGGUGGCAUAGUUUCGACAGGACUGGUUGGUCCAAGUGUCCUGCUAAUGUGCCUUAUAUACGUGGUUUGUACAGGAAUAAAGCGUCGAGACCUAACCAUGAUUGGAUAUACCUCCUUGAAGCAGCUAGUUGUUGUGAUGGUGGUAAACCAAAUGCCGAAUGUGUACAAGCCAAUUGGGUGCACAGUUUUGACAGGCACAAUAACUGGAACCUAUGCCCAUCAGGAUAUUACCUCUCCGGACUUUAUCGCUCACAUGGUCAUAACCUGCACAAUAUUGAGCAUGCGUGGUGCUGCAAACCUCGUGGAGCCCCGAAUUCUUACAAAUCAUGCUACCAUGAAAAUGUUUGGACGAGAUUUGACUGGAACAAGAAAGGAAUGAUAUCGUGUUCCAGAAAAGGUCACUUCAUCACUGGUCUUUACAGAUCUACCUGUAACUUUAUGUAUUGCAUUGAACUGUUUAAAUGCUGCCAAUUGCAUGAAGGAGAUGAUAUAGCAACAUGCAGCGCAACAGGUGACCCCCAUUACCGAACCUUCGAUGGAAGGCUCAUCCACUUUCAAGGAAUAUGCCAAUAUGUUUUGGCAAAAGAUAUUCACAAUAGAUUUGUGGUGCUUGGAAAGAACGAGAAUUGCGGACAUGGAGUUACAUGCACAAAAGAAGUCACCGUAAAAGUGAACAAUCUUGUCAUUGUUAUCGCACGUGGAGGAACUGUUACAGUUUUUGGAGUUAAAGCUAAUUUGCCAUACAACCAUCGAGGUGUGACGAUCGCGAGACAUGGAAGAAACGUUAUAGUCGACACAAAUAUUGGCUUGAAAGUGGAUUACGAUUGCGUAUACAACGUCUUCAUCAAAGUUACGUCUACAUCGAAAUUAAGUUAUCGAGGGAAAACUCGCGGGAUUUGUGGGAGUAAUAGUGACAACCCGAAUGAACUUCGCAAGCCUGACAAUAGUCUCACCACAAAUGAUCAAGAUUUUGCUAACUCCUGGAGUGUUGAUAGAUCAUGCCCGAACGCGCCUCCACCAACAAAUCCUUGUAAGACAGCUGGCCAUCAAAUAGCCGAACAGGCGAGGAAGAAAUGUGAAUUACUGAAACGUUUUCCCUUCUCGGCAUGCCAUCACAAAGUUAACGUUCACUCAGGUUUCGUCCAGGAUUGCGAGUAUGAUGUCUGUGCUUGCAAGGAGCAUCCCUCAGCGUGCGCAUGUGAAGAAUACGCUGCCUACGCCACCACUUGUGGUUUUGCAGGAGUCAACAUCAAGUGGGAACAUCUUCCACAAUUCCAUCAUUGUAAGAGCCCCUGUGCUUCUGCUCCUUGUUUAAAUGGUGGUACUUGCAGAAAUGUUGGUAGAUCUUAUCAAUGUAACUGCCCUUCCGGUUACAAAGGUUCUCGAUGUGAAAGAAAAACUUGCCGUAAUUCUAAAGCAUUAGGAAUGGAAAGUGGAAAGAUACCAGAUUCACGAAUAACGGCAUCUUCGGAAUGGGAUUCCAACCACGGCGCAUCCAAUGCACGGUUAAAUUUCGCUAAGAAUUCUGGAUCAUGGUCAUCAAGAUAUAAUAACCAAAACCAAUGGCUGCAGGUUGAUUUCAAAUAUCGUGCAACAAUUACUGAAAUUUGGACUCAAGGCCGUGGCAGGCACAGGCAGUGGGUGAGAAGUUAUACUGUGUCUUUCUCUAAUAAUGGCCUAAAUUUCAAAACUUACGGAGGAGGCAGGCAAGGAAAGGUCUUCAAUUCGAACAAUGACGAAAGGAGCAUUGUUAAAAACGCAAUCCAUCAUGUUAUCGUCGCUCGGUUCAUUCGAAUCCAUCCUAUAUCUUGGCAUCACCAUAUUUCCAUGCGAGUUGAAUUCAUUGGUUGUUUCAUAGGCCAACCAUGUGCAAGAGAACCAUGCCGUAAUGAAGGAAAAUGUGCUCAUGUUGGCGGAAGAGCUGUAUGCUCCUGUCUCCCAGGAUAUCGUGGCAAUAGAUGUGGACAAAGAGAUUGCAGACAUGCGAAGCGUCUUGGCGUGGAAAAUGGCAAAGUAUUAGACUCCCAAUUAUCAGCUUCGUCAGAAUGGAACUUCAACCAUGGGGUAUUGAACGGCAGACUGAACUUCAAGGCUCAUGGUCACCGGCAAGGCGCUUGGUCGUCAAGGCAUAAUAAUCACCACCAAUGGUUUCAGGUGAAUUUCGGACUUCAGGCCACUGUGACUGAAAUUCUUACCCAAGGACGCAGCAAUUACAAUCAGUGGGUGAAGAGCUAUUUCGUGUCUUACAGCAAGUACGGCCUGGAUUUCAUCACCUAUCGCGUGAAUGGUCUUGUGAAGGUUUUCAAUGGCAAUAACAACAGAAACACCAUUGUUCGCCAAAUAGUCUCUCCUGUUAUUGUUACUCAAUACAUCCGCAUCCAUCCGAAGUCAUGGCAUGGCCACAUAUCAAUGAGGGUUGAUUUUGCCGGCUGCCAAAAAGAGUGGCCGUGUAAAAGGAGACCUUGCCGCAAUGGUGGUACAUGUUUGGAUUAUGGUGCCGGUUACCGGUGCGCUUGUGCUCAAGGUUGGGCAUGCCGAAACUGUCAAUGCGACGUUGGAAAAUGUAUUCCAAGACACCAAGAAGAGUAAAUUAAUACCACCAAACGAUACGCAGCAAAAAUUACCAUAAUUAAAUUAGUUUUAAGGACAUUAUUAAAUGUGUGUCAGGUAUUCUUAUAGAUUUGAAAUAAAGUAAUGUUUGCAGCUCGCAAGAUCUGCCA